GCAGCGGGGCCGAACAUGGCGCGGAGCGGCCGGGCGCUUGGGAAAGUGCUCGCCGAAAGGCUCACGGCGCCGCACAGAAGCGUUCUCAGACUCUGAUCGUGUUCUUUGCUCUCUUCUGAAGUCCCUCCCAGAUUGGUUUUCGGCCUGCUAACAUGGUGAACCAGAUCUAAAUGCAAGUGUAGCCCUGGGGUAGUUGUACAAUCGAGGGCACUUGGCUUCAUGUGGUAUUCUGAUGAGCAGAAUUCCUCCAAUGCAAGCAUCUGUAACAAACCGUACCUUCGAAAGAAGAACUUUCUUCAACAUUGCUUCACCGUUUGGAAAUAAAAGAAAAGAAUAUUCUGAGAGAAGGAUUAUAGGGUAUUCCAUGCAGGAAAUGUAUGAAGUGGUAGCUGUUGUGGAGGACUACAAACUCUUUGUUCCUUGGUGUAAAAAGUCAGACAUAUUAUCCAAACGUUCUGGAUACUGCAAAGCCCACUUAGAAAUAGGAUUUCCUCCUGUAGUAGAGAAAUAUACAUCAGUUGUUACCCUAGUGAGACCUCACUUGGUUAAGGCAUCCUGCACAGAUGGGAAACUAUUUAAUCAUCUGGAAACAGUAUGGCGUUUCGGUCCAGGAAUCCCAGGUUAUCCAAGAACAUGUACCUUGGAUUUUUCAGUUUCUUUUGAGUUUCGUUCACUUCUACACUCUCAACUUGCUACACUAUUUUUUGAUGAAGUUGUUAAACAGAUGGUAGCUGCCUUUGAAAGAAGAGCAUCCAAAAUCUAUGGGCCAGAAACUAGUAUACCUCGGGAGCUAAUGUUUCAUGAAAUUCAUCACACAUAAAGGGAAAAAAGUUAGCUCUCUAUCUUUAUUAUAAUCUAAUUUGUACACCUUAUUUAUAAGAGGUGCUUUUCUCUGUGGGCAUCUAUUUGUUAACUUAGCAUUGUGUGUAAUAUACUGCUGUACAAAACAUGCACAUAAUAUGGAACCAUGUACAUAGAAUAUUAAGCUUCAAGUGCAAUUCAGGGUGUGGUGUUUCAAACAAACUGAGUGGCAGCUACUGUAAGCUAGCCAAUCAAGAUUGCCUUUACCUUGCCAAACAGUUUGAUUAUAUAAUGAACAGCACAUCAGCAUUACUGCCUUAUCUAAACUGUUAAUUUUUUUGCAGUGUUUGUAAUAAGUGUAUGAUGUUUAAGUUAUUAUUAGUUUUUGAACAUAUGUAACUUAUUCUCAUGAUAUUAGCAUCAACCUAAACAAGUUCAGGGAAAGUUUAAGACAAUUGCCCUUAACUUCCUACUUUUCCCUGCAUCAGGAAUACUAGUUUUAUGCUCCAAAAGACUGAAAGAAGAAUCCCCUAAUGGACAGUUUCAAUACAUUUUAACUGACAAGGCUCUAGUAGACAAAGCAGUGUCAUCUUACAUUAGUAGCUGUGGUAAAAAUAUAAACUGACACAUUACAGAAGUUAAGAGCAGCAAUUACUUGUUCUACAACUUUGAGUUUAAACUAAAUCAGUGUGGUAGUGUACAAAGUAUAUAAUUGACUUAAAAAAUAAAAGAUCUAAAGGAAGCAAUUAAGCUUUUUAGAAGAAAUCUACUUAAAUUUUCACAUUCAGUACUCCCAUCAAACAGAUUACUAUAACAUUAAAAGAAUGAAAGGGGUAAGUUAUGCCAAGGAUUUUUGAACACAUUUGAUGAGGCUGGCACUGUUAUCUCCAGUCACUAGGGCUAUUCCCUUGUGUUAUAACUUUGUAUUUCCCCCUCCUCUCCAAAAGCAAGCUGGAGCUAAAUUGUCUCAAAUUAAAGAUAUAAACUAAGUGAGUGAAUAGAUCUGCAUCCUUUUUCUAUUACAUUAAAUUGCCUAAUUCCUGUUUUAGCAUUAGCUCAAGUCUGAACUUAAGUGAAAUGUUUAGCUUCAAAUCUAAAGUUUGACUUUUCUGAGAGGGGAAAAGGGGUAAAUGUAUUAAGUGUACAUAAGAGUGGAUACCCAGAAAACUUGAAUCCCUUCAGAUUCUUAAACUGAGUUAAUUUAAAUCAGUUGCAGGCCCUACACUGAGUGCACAAUUUCCCUCCCCCUAGAAUAGCUUCACAGUUUGCUGGGAACAAGGAACCAUGAGACUUCUGGUCCUCUGCAAACUUUAAACUGAAGGAAAACUCACUUUCCCUGGAGAACAUCAUGAGUUACAACAUUCUUCAGGCAGCUGCAGCAGUCUAAUUCUUUAACUUCAGGUGUUUAAACAUAUUGGGUUGUGUAUAUUUUUACCAGUGACAAAUCUCCUCCUCUCUAUGUUCUAGUAGAUGUCUGGUGAUAUGAAACUGUUAGUCUUCAAUCACAGGGGUACUAAUUUACUUUUUACAAGAUCUGCUAAUUCUUCUGUAGACAUACAAGAUUCCUUUUCUUAAAAUAAUCUCAGGCAAUUUAUCCUUUCAUACCCUCACAAAACAAAUGUUCCCGACACUGCUGGUAAAAGGAUCCAAUACAUGAAAUAGAAUUAGUACUCAAGAGGAAGAGUGACAAGUCCCUGUCCAUAGCUUACUAUUUCAACUGCAUUACAUUUAAGAUUAAUUUUUCUUAAGAACUGUGAGUGGACUUGGAUAUGUUUCUCACCAGAAUUUUAUAACAUCAAAACUACCCAGGGUCUAUAUUCACACUCAAUUGAGGGGAGGAUCGUUUCUUAAACAAAUACUCCAUCCCUUCCCAGCACUAAAGGUCAGAUUUCUAGCAGAGUUUAAAUGUGAUCCCUGUAUCAUUAGGUUUGAUUUUUGUUAAAGGUUUGUAGACAGGUGAAUAAGGUAAUACAUUUCAUAACUUUGAACAAUCUUUUAUUAUAGAGGUUGUCACAUAAUUGUAUAUUUGUCUUUGUACAAUUUUUUUUAGUCUUGCACACAAUGGUUUCAUCUGAACUUUUCCUAGUAUUGGCAAGCACCAAUAAAUUCUGAUUAAACAGAA